AUGGCGGUCAAAGGUGUUGAGCAGGUAAUCCAUCGGGAUCCUGCGCUAUUCUAUUGGAUUCUGCUUCCCAUCACGAUUGUCAUGAUAUUGACUGGUGUCUUACGGCACUAUGCAACGAUACUGCUGGCUACUCCUCCGAAGCCUCCUCCAACACCUGGCGACUCGCGUGAACGCUCAGCCAUAGUUCGCGGCGUCAACCUGCGCAAUAAUUCUGCCGCUCUGAGCAAAUCUUCUUUCGAUUCCCGAAAAGAAUAUCUUAUCGAUGGCUACAAGAAAGGCUCUUUCUUGAAAGGCGGACCAGAAUCCAAAGGCCAAGCCGCACCCAAUCCAAUGUCGGAUCCUGCGGCCAUGGAGGGCAUGAUGGGGAUGAUGAAAGGGAAUAUGGCUAUGAUGAUUCCCCAGACAUUGAUCAUGUCCUGGAUCAAUGCUUUCUUCGCUGGAUUCGUCAUACUCAAGCUUCCGUUCCCGCUUACAAUCCGCUUUAAAUCUAUGUUGCAAUCUGGAGUCAUGACCAAGGACCUGGACGUCAGAUGGGUGUCCAGUUUGUCGUGGUAUUUCUUGUGCCUCUUCGGAUUACAGAGUGUGUUUAUCUUCAUCCUCGGCAAUGAGAAUGCCGCCAGUCAAAUAGCGCAACAGAUGGCUCAGGCAAAUCCAACGGCCAAUGCUAACCCAUUUGGUCCUGGCCAGGAUCCUGACAAAAUGUUUCAAGCCGAAGCGGAAAAUCUGGAGGUUUUGGAGCACUGGAGCGUUCUUGACGGUGCCGAAGAUCGCUUACUCAAGAUUUAUGCUAAAUGA